AUGGACUCGAAUAAAUCAUCUACAGCUCUUGGUACUGCCUCGAAGGAAAAUCGCACGGCGGACCCGACGGCAGGCCUUCCUUAUUACGACGAAACACGACGAAAGCUUAAACAGUUAUUAGAGCAAAAGAAGAAUCUCGAGCGGGUUUUGGCGCUCAGUGAAGAGGCGAUUUUCAGAAAGGAAACGGAGUAUUUGGAUGAGACCCCGCAGGGAAAUAUUAUAACUGGAUUCGAUGGGUACGCGAAAGGUGCGAGCGUGGGUGGAGUGGGAAGGGGUGCUGGAACGGGGAGAAAGAGUACGGCGGUGGGAGGGACGGAUAGACCGUUUAGUGGGAGUUCGCAUAGUUGGAAGGUCAAUGUUGAUUCCCCACUACCUUCGGGAGCUUCAACGCCAGUUGCAGCUAUGGCACCGACGCCCUUGUCUAUGAGUUUUCCAAAGAAUGGCGAUGGCGCAUCGAAUCAUGCGACGCCUACAUCUGCUUCUUCGGGGAAAGGGAAAAAGAAUAAGAAGAUGGCGGGGGGUGACGAUAGUGAAACAGAUACGAGGGAAAAUACGGGGAAUAAGAAGGCGAGGACCAAUUUUGGAGCUGCGAGGAAAUAG